AUGGAAGUAUAUGGUGAAACUGCCGAAAUUGCCCAAAGAUAUGUGAGAUGGCUGAAUUACGUAGUGAUCAAUUUUGGUUCUCAGAUAGUAAUCUACGGUACGAACUUAAAGCCGGUUAAGAAAUUGCUAAUACCCGAUACGAAUCUGUAUCACAUGGUCGUCAUUGAACGUUAUUUGCUUCUUAUAGUUGACAUUGUUAGAGAACCCUCAACGAUAGUGCUAACAUGGGACAAGGAGCAUAUUGAGAUCGCUCACUGUGGUCAUGACAUAAAGAAACACAAAAACCGCUUUCAAGAUGGUGGGAAAUCUUUAUUUGAUGGAUAUAUGACAGGUUGGAUGCUUGUUCAUGCUCAGACAACGCUGUAUCGCAUAUAUUUGAAUGCUCGCAAGAUAAAUUUCCAGCCCUAUGCGGACGAUGGAGUUUUGGAACUUGGGCCAGAUUUCUUUUCACAAAUUCAAAGAAACGUACUACUCAUGUACGUUGUUCACCACAAGACAUUAUGCUUGCCUUGGGUACACCGAAAAACUGCCAUUCUUGAGGAACAACUUAUCACUUGCUCAAAUGGAUUUGAUUCAAGAUUUUACAAACUGUCGAGCAGCAAUUCACGACUUCUAGGGCUUGCUCGUACUCAUGACGGAAAUAUUCGAAAAAUCAUACCAAUCGGAGAGAGACAUCUUUUGAUUGUCUCCAAGAAAAUUAGAGUUGUCUUGAGUUCGAGUGCAUGCAACAAAUACGGAGCCCUUGGUUGCGAUGAAGGAUUAGAAAUUUACUGUUCAAAUGACAAUAUUCUCGAUGUUCUAUUCAUACGGGAAGGUCAUGCUAUCAUUUGUGACCAAAAGAAAGGCCUAUUACUUUUGAGUUACAAAGUAAAAAAGUCUGACUUUAAUUACAAACUCAAGUUUGUGGGUGAAUACAUCAAGGCAAGGCAGGUGCUCAAGCUUAAUAAUCAUAAAUAUCUAGCGAUAUCGAGGUCGAACGUCAUAUUGUUCCAGUUUACAAAGCGAUCAAGACUUGAAGUUCAAGGGAUAUUGAGAGAACAGUCAUUUGUGCCAGUCACAAAUUUGCUCACGGAAUCAAAAGCUGUUAAUUCUUCUUCAAAGAACUGUACCUCUAUUUUUGUGGAAGCCUUUCAGGAUGAUACAACUCAUUUGACUUCAAUCAAAAUGCGUAGCAAACUGAAGAUUGAGCAAACCAAAAUUCCUGUUCUCGCUUCUAUGUGUGAAAUAUAUCCUAUAGAUGUAAACCAUUUAUUAUCACGUUGUUUGGAUGGAUAUCUUCAUGAUCUAAUAUUGAAGGGUGAUACUGUAAUUUUCAAAAGUCACCCCGUCAAGAUCACGGAACUGGAAAAUGUCAUCGGGGUCGGGGCAAAUGUGAUGGUCACUACUAAGUGUGCUAUACAAGUUUCUACAAAUAAUGUUUUGAGCACCUUUAUGGGCAAUGCAUUAUCAUAUGAGUUUACCAGCUCCUAUGGUGUUAUCUUGACAUCGUCAAUGCUUUACAUUUUCAUGUUGCAACCCAAUCCACAUGUCAUUCAUAAAGUGGCUUGUAGCAGUACACAUAUAUCAAUUUAUGAGUCCAGUGACAAAGAUCUUAGAAUUCUUUAUGAUGUCCAUGGAAUCUUGCAUUAUCUCAAAGUCAAUUGUGCUAAUAUGAUAUAUGUACGAAGUGGAACCGGUCAAGCCGAUACUCAAGAUCUGAUGUUACUGAAUAAUGAUAUAUUUGCAUCUUUAACGUCUUGCGGAACUCUUUACUUCAAAAAGUUGAACACUUUUGAUGACGUUUCGAUGAUAAAACUACAUGAUUCGUGCUCAAGAGUUCGACGGAUAAAUGACAUUUCAUUCGCUGCCUUUAGUCCACUGGGCACUUUUGUUUACCUCAUGACGGCUAACAUUGUUGAAUCUCACUUUAUUCAAAAUACCAAAGGCACGCUUCAGUUUCAGGUGAUAGGGACCUCGUUGUAUCAUCUUCGAAAAUCAGAACUCGUGAUCUCUACAAUAGUCCCCAAUUUCUCUUCAGAGAAUGUGUUUCAUCAUCUUGGACCAAUGUAUAAUACACAAUUCAUAACCAUAGAACAAUCACAUUAUUUGAUUUACAACGAUUAUGAAAAAGCUCAUUUAUACGAUUUGAGCUCUGAAGGCUCGUUCGCUUCCCUAGAUAUGCCCAGUAUUCAAAACAUGUAUUUUUACGAAGGGCUUAAAAUUGGUGAAAAUUUAGUUGCUGAUAGGUGUUUAGUAUUGCUGGUUGCAGAGGUUAAUGAACUAUUCGACACUUCAAAGUGUACUCUGGAAUUAGUGGCAGUGAGGGUCUCUCAAGAUCCUUCACUUGAGAAGCUUUUUAGCGUUAAGCCAAAAUACUCCAACUGGUCAUGUUUGGACUGGAACCAAUUGAGAGAAGUACUUGAUGCAAGAUCAGAUCACCAACUACAAAUUCAAGCAAUUCCUGGCUCGUGGACAAUUUGUGGGAAUGGGAGGUGCUGUUAG